CUCUCUCCGAAACACACGCCUCUCUUUCUCUCUCUAACGACAUCUUUCCAGAGCUUUCAUUUCAUAUUACGAUUCAAAAUCUCGUCAGCUAAUUUCCUUCAGCUGUAUUCUCUCGCUCUCUACCGUUAUUUCUUUUUCUUCAUUGCUUAAUUUGCUUCAGCUUCCUCUGCGACUCUUGACUAUACAUAGCUGAAGAAUUGUGAAGAAUUCGAAACAGAGAAGAAGUAGUCUCUGUUCGAAAUCAUCCUCCUUUGAAAAGCGUUCAUUUCGUUAGAAGACAUGAAGAGAUUACUUAAUUAGUCCGGUGGAAUGGACAGUUCGCUCACAUAGAUGCCGUGAAUUCAUAAUUUCGUAAUUUAAAGAGAAUCUGAAUUUUUGGAAUUCUAUCAUCUUGAAUUGGUUGGUGAUAAAAAAAAGUUGCUACAAUGGCUGACAUUUUGAGUGCUGUGUCGGAGAAGUUACAAAUGCUAUCCACUUCUGAUCAUGCCUCCGUGGUCUCUAUAAACCUGUUUGUUGCACUUCUCUGCGCUUGUAUUGUUAUUGGUCAUCUUCUGGAGGAGAAUCGAUGGAUGAACGAGUCGAUCACUGCCCUACUGAUUGGUCUUUGUACUGGGAUUGUUAUUUUGCUCGUUAGUCGAGGGAAAAGCUCUCAUCUCUUGGUUUUCAGUGAAGAUCUCUUUUUCAUAUAUAUGCUCCCUCCAAUUAUAUUCAAUGCGGGGUUUCAAGUGAAAAAGAAGCAGUUUUUUCGUAACUUCAUCACCAUCAUGCUGUUUGGUGCUGUUGGUACAUUGAUAUCCUGUAGCAUCAUCUCAGCAGGUGUUAUACAGUUCUUCAAAAAACUGGAUAUUGGUUCGCUGGAUAUAGGAGAUUAUCUAGCAAUUGGUGCAAUCUUUGCUGCAACGGAUUCUGUUUGUACAUUGCAGGUGCUUAAUCAAGACGAGACACCUUUACUCUACAGUCUGGUUUUUGGGGAGGGUGUUGUAAAUGAUGCUACGUCAGUGGUGCUUUUCAAUGCCAUCCAGAGCUAUGACCUCAGUCAUAUUAAUACCGAAAGUGCACUGCAGUUCAUUGGAAAUUUUUUCUAUUUAUUUAUCACCAGCACUAUGCUAGGAGUGAUAGCUGGGCUACUUAGUGCUUUCAUUAUCAAGAAGCUGUACUUUGGCAGGCACUCAACAGAUCGUGAGGUUGCUCUUAUGAUGCUCAUGGCAUACCUUUCAUAUAUGCUGGCAGAACUCUUUUAUCUGAGCGGUAUUCUCACCGUAUUUUUCUGUGGGAUUGUCAUGUCCCAUUAUACCUGGCACAAUGUGACAGAGAGUUCAAGAAUCACUACAAAGCAUGCCUUUGCGACAUUGUCAUUUGUUGCUGAGAUAUUUAUCUUCCUCUAUGUUGGUAUGGAUGCCUUGGACAUUGAGAAGUGGAGAUUUGUUAGUGAUAGCCCUAGAACUUCAGUUGCAGUGAGUUCAGUGUUACUAGCUCUGGUUAUGGUUGGAAGAGCAGCUUUUGUCUUCCCACUAUCCUUUUUAUCGAACUUGGCGAAGAAGUCACCUAAUGACAAAAUUGACCUCAAGCAACAGGUUGUUAUCUGGUGGGCUGGUCAAAUGAGAGGCGCGGUAUCUAUGGCCCUUGCUUACAAUCAGUUCACUCGGUCAGGGCACACUCAAUUGCGAGCAAAUGCAAUCAUGAUCACCAGCACCAUUACUGUUGUUCUUUUCAGCACAGUGGUUUUUGGAUUGUUUACGAAACCUCUUAUAAGGUUCUUACUGCCUCAUCCAAAGCAUACAACUAGUAUGGUAUUGUCGGAUUCGUCUACUCCAAAAUCAUUCAUGGUACCACUCCUUGGACCCGGGCAGGAGUCUGUGGACUCACUUGCAGAUUUUGGUGGGAGUAAUGGUCCCCGUCCAAACAGUUUGCGUGCACUGCUGACCACGCCAACGCACACAGUUCACUAUUACUGGCGUAAGUUUGAUGAUGCUUUCAUGCGUCCUGUAUUUGGCGGCCGGGGUUUUGUUCCAUUUGUUCCUGGUUCUCCAACUGAACGCGAAAACACUCAAUGGCAAUGA